AUUCUUUGCGUUAUUCACUUUAAUGAAUGUUCUUUCUCCUUCUCAUGCAUCCUCUACGGGCCCAUCCUUAACACAUAGGCAACCAAUUUGAUUCUCCCAUGCGUUGAAUUUCCUCGUGAAAACCAUUCCUCUAUAUAUACACAAGCCAUCCAUUGCCUUGCAAAACCAAUUCAUUGGUCAUUGAUAAGUUAAAAAAUAACACUCAAAACUUUCUGGUGAAAAAUGGGCAGCAUUAAGCGAGCUGAUUCAAUGGCGGAUGGCAUGCCUGAGGCGCUGAAGCAGAGCCGGUACCACAUGAGGAGGUGCUUUAGCAGGUGUGUUGAGAAGGGUAAAAGAAUAAUGAAACGUCACCAAUUAAUGGAUGAAAUCAAUGUGGUGAUUCAAGACAAGGCUGAAAGAAGCCAGGUCCUGGAGGGCACACUCGGCUACAUCUUCAGUUCUACUCAGGACGCCAUUGUUAUCCCUCCACAUGUAGCGUUUGCCCUUAGACCGAAUCCUGGAAUCUGGGAAUUCGCCAAGGUGAACUCUGAUGAUCUCUCUGUUGAGAGCAUCACUGCCACCGAAUAUUUGAAAUUCAAGGAAAUGGUUGUUGAUGAAAACUGGGCGAAAGAUGAAAAUGCAUUGGAAGUGGACUUCGGGGCAUAUGAUUUCUCUGCACCACACUUAACAAUGUCUUCUUCAAUUGGAAAUGGGAUUCAUUUUGUUUCCAAGUUCAUGACUGCAAAACUGAGCGGUCGCCUGGAGAAUGCACAGCCCCUUGUUGAUUACUUACUCUCACUGGAACAUCAAGGAGAAAAACUUAUGAUAAAUGAAAACCUCAGCACAGCUGAAAGGCUCCAGACCGCAUUAAUAAUUGCGGAUGUUUUCCUCUCGGGACUUUCCAAAGACACCCCAUAUCAAAAUUUUGAGUUGAGGUUUAAGGAGUGGGGAUUUGAGAAGGGAUGGGGUGAUACUGCAGAGAGAGUAAAGGAGACGAUGGGGUCACUUUCGGAAGUACUUCAAGCGCCGGAUCCAUUGAACAUGGAGAAGCUUCUCAGCAGGCUUCCAAUAAUGUUCAAUGUUGUAAUUUUCUCUCCUCAUGGCUACUUUGGCCAAUCUGCUGUCCUUGGCUUGCCGGACACUGGCGGGCAGGUAGUUUACAUUUUGGAUCAAGUGAGAGCUCUGGAAGAGGAAAUGCUCCUCAGAAUUAAGCGCCAAGGACUUAAUGUGAAGCCUCAAAUUCUUGUUGUUACUCGGCUCAUUCCUGAUGCUAAAGGAACCAAAUGCAAUCAGGAAAUCGAAGCCAUUGAUGGUACAAAAUAUUCUAACAUCCUUCGGGUGCCAUUUAAGACACAAAGAGGAGUCCUCCAUCAAUGGGUUUCACGUUUCGACAUUUAUCCCUAUCUUGAGAGGUUCUCUCUAGAUGCUACAACCAAGAUACUAGAAAUCCUCGAUGUAAAACCAGAUCUAGUCAUUGGAAACUACACUGAUGGAAAUUUAGUUGCAUCUCUCAUGGCUAGUAAACUUGGAGUAACUCAGGCAACUAUAGCACAUGCUCUAGAGAAGACUAAAUAUGAGGAUUCAGAUGUCAAGUGGAAGGAAUUAGACCCAAAGUAUCAUUUCUCAUGCCAAUUCAUUGCUGAUACAAUAGCUAUGAAUGCGACGGAUUUUGUCGUAGCCAGCACAUACCAGGAGAUUGCAGGAAGCAAAGAAAGACCAGGACAGUAUGAGAGCCAUGAUGCGUUUACUCUCCCAGGGCUUUGCAGAGUUGUCAAGGGCAUCAAUGUUUUUGAUCCAAAAUUCAACAUUGCUGCUCCUGGAGCUGAUCAAUCGGUCUAUUUCCCUUACAGCGAGAAACAAAGACGACUCACAAAAUAUCAUCCUGAAAUUGAAGCAUUGCUGUAUAGUAAAGAAGAAAAUGAUGAACACAUUGGAUAUCUGGCAGACCGGAAGAAACCAAUAAUCUUCUCAAUGGCAAGGCUUGAUGUUGUGAAGAACCUGACAGGACUAACUGAAUGGUAUGGAAAGAACAAGAAGCUGAGGGAAUUGGUAAAUCUUGUUAUAGUUGGGGCCUUCUUUGACCCUUCCAAAUCAAAAGAUAGAGAAGAAAGUGCUGAAAUAAGAAAGAUGCAUUCAUUGAUGGAAAAAUACCAACUUAAGGGACAGAUGAGAUGGAUAGUAGCACAAAGUGACAGGAUCAGAAAUGGCGAACUCUACCGUUGUAUUGCUGAUACAAAAGGAGCUUUUGUGCAGCCUGCUCUAUAUGAAGCAUUUGGUCUUACUGUCAUUGAGGCAAUGAACUGCGGAUUACCCACCUUCGCAACCAAUCAAGGCGGACCAGCUGAAAUUAUAGUUGAUGGGGUCUCAGGCUUCCAUAUUGAUCCUAAUAAUGGAGAUGAAUCAAGCAACAAAAUUGCAAAUUUCUUUGACAGGUGCAGGGUAGAUACUGGAUUAUGGAAUAAGUUUUCGACAGAGGGCUUAAAGCGCAUAAAUGAAUGCUACACUUGGAAGAUCUAUGCAAACAAGAUAUUGAAUAUGGGAUGCACAUAUAGCUUCUGGAGGAACCUGAACAAAGAGCAGAAACAGGCUAAGCAGAGAUACAUUGAAAUGUUUUACAAUCUGCAGUUCAAAAGCCUGGUGAAGAAUGUGCCAAUUCAAAUUGAAGAGGGUCAACAACCAUCAAAACCUGCACCCAAAACACAACCCUCCCAAAGCACCAGACGCUCGCAGUCCCGACUCAACAGGUUGUUCGGAGCUUGAAGGUCCAAUCCUGUCAGUGUGGAUGUGAGCAGCUGAGUUGUGUGACAAAAUUAUAAACUGAUGUGUCAAAGAGUGAGGCAACUAGCUGAUUUAUUCCUUAAUGUGUGUUAAGAAAAGUUUGGAAAUAAAGUGGGUGAUGAGUAAUAUGCAUUGGCACCUAUUGUCAAAGCUGAGGGUUGUAUGUUUAUAAUAUUGAGACUUCAAUGACAUAUUAAUCAGUCAUGUUUUA